AUUGAUAAUCCUGUAGUUCCUGGAAUUACAUAUCACGUGACUUAAACAUGAGCGUGAAGUUAACAUAAAGUCAGGUUGUCCCAGGAGUGUUUUAUUUUCCCAAACGCUUCGUCUUGGCGAAAGAAUCGUUCUACGGGUUGGUCAGAAUGUUUGUCCUGUAUUUUGUGAGUGGACUGCUGGCACUGGUUGGAAGCAAACCCUGUGAUCCUGUAGGGUCAGAGCAUAGUGAAUUGCUCCUUUCGCUCAAUAAGCAGCUGCUGCGUUCUCUGGAGGACCAGGGAACAUCGCCCAAUCCCAGUGUGCACUUGGCCCUGCGUUUGUCCACUCACCACAACCUAGGCAAAGAGAACGAUCAUCUGAAUUCACUUAAAACACAUUUACACAAUGAGAUUGAGAGUUCUCUGGCAAACCACGAGCCAGUGGUGGGUCGCCUGGCCCUGUACACCAUGGCCCUAAAGGCCUCCUGCCAUGACAUUAACACCCUGACCUUCACAGUCGGCCAGAAGAACGAGUACCUCCUGACUCAUCUCAAGAAACAGAUGGAAGAGGAGAAAGAGCACAUUGUCUUAAGCCACCGUCCUCUGACUAAUUACUACCAGUACUCUCUGGGCAUGCUGGCACUGUGUGUGAGUGGAGUUCGAGUAAAUUCUCAUGUCAGCAACAAGCUAAUCAGGGCGGUAGAGCAUGGACAUAUCAAACAGGGAGACUCUGACUGCAUUGACACGCUUGCCAUGGCUGGGAUGGCCUUGCAGUGCGUGAAGGAGUUUGAUGCCAAGGUGCUGGAGGCUGCGCUGGACAAGGCCCUGGGUGACAUCAAGCAGAAGCUACUGGCCUCCCAGCGAGCUGAUGGCCACAUGGGAAAUGAGUUCAGCACAGGCCUGGCAGUUCAGGCCCUGCUGGCAAUGGGCAGCCAAGUGCAGGAGUGUGCUAUGUCCAUGGAAGCAAUGAGGUCCGACGCAAGGAAGGGAACCUAUGGCAACCCCAUGGCCGUGUCCCAAGCUCUGCCUGCCCUUCAACAGAAGUCAUAUCUGCAAAUCAAGGGAAAGCAGUGUCGUGAUGAGGAUGACAGCCUGGUCCUGGAGGCCACCACAGUGCCAGUGACCGUGUUACAGAGCCAUACCAAAGUAGCCCUGAAGGUGGAGGUUGUCAAAUUACACCGCAACCCUGAAGUCUUUUCUGUGGACAUCCCAAAAGGCACCUCGUUGGUUGAUGCCCUUGAACUCCUUCAAAAGAAAAAUGUUGACUUCAUGUUUGAGAAGGAGAACAGUUUCUGGGGACCCUUCCUGCAAAUGGUGAAUGGGGAAUGGGCUCGUCAGACCGACCGCAGAUAUUGGCGCAUCUCCUCAGAUGGAAAUGCCCUCAGCCAGGGUAUAAAGGACUUUAAAAUUGAGAUGGCCCAAAAGAUCACCAUCGAAAACACCAGCUACUGAGAAUAGACGUUUGAAGUACAGUAAUUGACAAGCUGUCAUGUAAUUGUUUGAUCUGAAAUCAAUUCUGCUCAAUGUGCUUUAUAAUGUAAUAUACUAUAUAUUAUUUUAGCAGUGAAAUGUUUGGAUGUUAGCAGACCUCUGGGUUAUUAGAACUUGUUUUGUAAAAAUAGAGUAGAGAAUAGUUUCCUUUGUAUGUGAUUGUAUACCAGACCAUUGAACAUAUGUUUCAUUUAUUUUAAUGAAUGGUUUAACUAUUUUGCAUUUUAAUUCAAAUAAAAUGUGUAUGGGUUUCACAAUUAAGAAAUUACAUCACUUUAUAGUC